UCGCGAGGCCGGCGGGCCGUGCGGGAGCGGCGCGCGGGGCGCCGCUGUGAGGCCGGGGACGAGGGCCACGCGGCCGUGUGGGUCCCAGGGCGGAGGCGGCGCGGCGCCCGCGCGGAGAGGGUCGGGGCAGCGGGACGCGCCGGCGAUGGGGAGGCCCGGGCCCCGCACCUCUCCCGGGCGCGCGCGCGGCUCCGCGGGCGACCAGUGACCGUCCGGGCGGGGUGCGCCGGGCCGUUCGCCAGGGAGCCGCGGCCGCGGCCGCGGCGGCCGCAUGAGGAGCGGCCGGGGCCGGGCCGGGCCUCGCUGACCCCGGCCCCGCGCGCGCGGCGGCCUCUCCCGUUCCGCCCCGGCCUCCCGGCAUGAGCGUGCGCCGGCUCCUGGGCCCGCGGCUGCCCCCACCCCGCAGCCCGCGGGCGCGCUCCCGGCCGGCGGCCCCGCGGCGCUGAUCCCGCCGCUCGCCCCGCCGAGGCCAUGGAGGUGGUGGGCGACUUCGAGUACAGCAAGAGGGACCUCGUGGGACACGGGGCCUUCGCCGUGGUCUUCCGGGGGCGGCACCGCCAGAAAACUGAUUGGGAGGUAGCUAUUAAAAGUAUUAAUAAAAAGAACUUGUCAAAAUCACAAAUACUGCUUGGGAAGGAAAUUAAAAUCUUAAAGGAACUUCAGCAUGAAAAUAUUGUAGCACUCUAUGAUGUUCAGGAAUUACCCAACUCUGUCUUCCUGGUGAUGGAGUAUUGCAAUGGCGGAGACCUGGCAGAUUAUUUGCAAGCUAAAGGAACUCUCAGCGAAGAUACCAUCAGAGUGUUUCUGCAUCAGAUUGCAGCUGCCAUGCGAAUUCUGCACGGCAAGGGCAUCAUCCACAGGGAUCUCAAGCCACAGAACAUCUUGCUGUCUUACGCCAAUCGCAGGAAGUCUGGUGUCAGUGGUAUUCGCAUCAAAAUAGCGGAUUUUGGUUUUGCUCGUUACCUACAUAGUAACAUGAUGGCUGCAACACUGUGCGGAUCCCCAAUGUACAUGGCUCCUGAGGUUAUUAUGUCUCAACAUUAUGAUGCUAAGGCAGACUUGUGGAGCAUAGGAACAGUAAUAUACCAAUGCCUCGUUGGAAAACCACCUUUUCAGGCCAAUAGUCCUCAAGACUUAAGGAUGUUUUAUGAAAAACACAGAAGCUUAAUGCCUAGCAUCCCCAGAGAAACAUCCCCAUAUUUGGCUAAUCUUCUUUUGGGUUUGCUUCAGAAAAACCAAAAAGAUAGAAUGGACUUUGAAGCAUUUUUUAGCCAUCCUUUUCUUGAGCAAGUUCCACUAAAAAAAUCCUGCCCCGUGCCCGUGCCCCCGUGUGCUGGCUCCGCCUUGGGAAGUUCCUGCGGCAGCUCGCCGCCCUGCCGCUUUGCCUCUCCACCAUCCCUUGCAGAUAUGCAGCAUAUUCAGGAAGAAAACCUAUCCUCCCCACCAUUGGGCCCUCCCAACUACCUACAAGUGUCCAAAGAUUCUGCCAGUACUAGUAGCAAGAACUCUUCUUGUGACACGGAUGACUUUGUUUUGGUUCCACACAACAUCUCGUCAGACCACUCAUAUGAUAUGCCAGUGGGAACUGCCAGCAGACGAGCUUCAAAUGAGUCCUUGGUGUUUGGAGGACAGUGUGUGCCUACUGUGUCACCUCCCAGUGAAACAGCACCAAUUCCAGUUCCUACUCAGAUAAGGAAUUAUCAGCGCAUGGAGCAGAAUCUUACAUCUACUGCCAGCUCUGGCACAAAUCUACAUGGUUCUCCACGGUCUGCAGUGGUGCGAAGGUCCAACACCAGUCCUAUGGGCUUCCUCCGAGUGGGAGCCGGCUCCCCAGCGCCCGCAGAUGCAGCACAGACAGUCGGACGGAGACUCUCCACGGGGUCUUCCAGGCCUUAUUCACCUUCCCCUUUGGUUGGUGCCAUUCCAGAGCCAUGGAGUCAGUGCUGCUGUGGGCGCCCGCAGGGCCAAGAGUCCGGGAGGAGGAACUCUUCAGGUUCCUCAGUGCUGCAGGCUCAGUCACCACAGUCUUUCUUACUGGGUGCUAGACUGCAGAGGGCCCCCAGCCUCACCGACAUCUACCAGCACAAGCAGAAGCUCCGAAAGCAGCACUCCGACCCCGUGUGCCCAUCCCACAGCGGCGCUGGGUGCAGUCACUCCCCUCAGCCCAGUCGGCCUGGCAGCCUGGGGACUUCUCCCACCAGACACCUGGGGUCCUCUCCACGGAGUUCUGACUGGUUCUUUAAAACCCCUUUACCAACCAUAAUUGGCUCUCCUACCAAGACCACAGCUCCUUUCAAAAUCCCCAAAACACAAGCAUCUUCCAACCUGCUAGCGUUGGUUCCUCGUCAUUGGCCUUCUGAAGGGCAACCUAAAGAUGGGGAUGACCCACGAGAAUGCCCUCAUUGUCUCUUACUGCCAGGAAGUGAGAGGCAGACGUCUGAGCAGCAAAGCAAGGCAGUGUUUGGCAGAUCCGUCAGUACUGGGAAACUAUCCGAUCAGCAAGUCAAGACACUUUUAGGUGGACAUCAGGGCAGUACAGACAGUUUAAAUACAGAACGACCAAUGGAUAUAGGAGCCUGUGGUGUGGCCCUGGUGCCUCCGGGGGGAGCAGCAGCAAGUUCCAGGGCCGUCCUGUUCACUGUGGGGUCUCCUCCGCACAGCGCCACGGCCCCCACUCGGACCCACACAGUCCUUCGGCCAAGGACAACCUCAGUGGGCUCCAGCAGCUCGGGGGGCUCCCUGUGCUCCGCAAGCAGCCGCGUGUGUGUGGGCUCCCCACCCGGGCCGUGCUGGGGGCCCUCCCCUCCAGGAACAGAGGCAGCCCCCAGCCUGAGAUACACGCCGUAUGGGGCUUCUCCCCCCAGCCUGGAGGGGCUCAUCACCUUCGAAGCGCCUGAGCUGCCGGAGGAGACACUGAUGGAGCGAGAACACACAGACACCCUGCGCCACCUGAGCGUGAUGCUGACGUUCACGGAGUGCGUGCUGGACCUGACGGCGGCGCGGGGCGGCCUCCCGGAGCUGAGCUCGUCCGCCGGCUCCUUGUGCCAGGCGCAGGAGAGCGUGCUUGUGGACCAGAUCAGCCGGCUGAGCAAGGACUGGGGGCGGGUGGAGCAGCUGGUGCUCUACAUGAAAGCGGCCCAGCUGCUGGCGGCGUCGCUGCAUCUCGCUAAAGCCCAGAUCAAGGCUGGGAAGCUGAGCCCGUCCUCGGCGGUGAAACAAGUUGUCAGAAACCUGAACGAACGGUACAAGCUGUGCAUCACCAUGUGCAAGAAGCUGACUGAGAAGCUGACCCGCUUCUUCUCCGACAAGCAGCGCUUCAUGGACGAAGUGAACAGCGUCACGGCAGAGAGGCUCAUCUACAACUGCGCCGUGGAGAUGGUGCAGUCUGCAGCCCUGGACGAGAUGUUCCAGCAGACGGAGGACAUCGCGUACCGCUACUACAAGGCGGCGCUGCUCCUGGAAGGCCUGACCAAGAUCCUCCCGGACCCCGCGGACGUGGAAAACAUGCACAAGUAUAAAUCUAGCAUCGAAAGAAGGCUGUCGGCGCUCUGCGGCCGCUCUCCCACGCCCUGAGAGCAGCAGGUGCCAGGCCCGGCCUGCUGCCUGGCCGCUACCAAAGACAACGAUGUGCUUGUGGGAAACCCGCCUUAUUGGAGAGUCACCCUGUUCUGUCCUCUGUAGAAGCAGAAGCAAGAGUAUUUCCCUCGGCUCUGUUUGCACUUGGUAAAUAAAUGUACCUUAGAACUAGCAUUAUUAGUACAUUUAUUCUUAAGGACAGUUAAGAUGGAACAAAACGAGUAGCCCUUCGCUCAGUCACCAGAGCAGUGUGUGGGGUUCCACGUGUCUCCUGGUGGAAAGUGCGCAGCGACAUCGUCCGGCAGCUGGAUGCUGGGGCAUGUUGUCCGAGUCUGAGCAUGACCCUGGAACAGCUCAGGAAGAAACGGCAUCAGGGACGUGGAAGACAGCUCUGAAAAGGAAUGGUGAACUCUUCACUUUCACCUAAUGUGGACACUUGUUAAUCUUCCCAGGUCUUUCAUAUAUUGCACUAAUUUAUUAAAACAACUCUGUAUUGGAUUUUGCAAUCUAAAACUAACUGAGGCACAAUGGACUUGUUUGAAAAAUACUUUACUUGAUUGUACACACACACACCCUUUCCGGAGUCACACGUAAUCGCUAGUAGGCUUUUCGGUGGAAGGACCUGUGUUCAGGUGAACCUUUGCGUGUGUUUAACCUCUUCCUCUGCACCCAGGUUUCCUCAGUGAUGUUUUGGGUGGCAGCUGUCGGCCUUUGGCUGCAUUCUUUAUUGUGCAUGCGGAAUGUGCACUGAUGGCUGGGACUUCUUGGCCUCUUAACAGCUGGGUUAUUGGGCAGUAUUAG